GCAAAUAUUAAUGGUAUAUGCAGGACGGCUGAACAAUGGAGAAAAACGACACGGGAUGCCAAGCCACUCUAGAAGCUCCGAUCCUUUGUGUCAACAACUGUGGAUUCUUCGGCACCCCAGCAACCAUGAACAUGUGUUCAAAGUGUCACAAAGACAUGAUCUUGAAGCAAGAAGAGGCUAAACUUGCCGCAUCUUCGAUCGAAAGCAUCGUCAACGGACAAAACAUCAACAAAACUACGGUGCUACCCAAUUCAGCAGGGUCAGAGGUGGCUCUAUCGACCCAACCGUCUUCUGCACCACAAGUUCAAGCCGAGAGCAGUGAGAAGCCGAAAGAAGUUCAGGGUCAGGGCCAAGGUCCUUCUAGAUGCACAACAUGCAGGAAACGUGUGGGUUUAACUGGUUUCAGUUGUCGAUGUGGGCAUGUUUUCUGUUCUGUUCAUCGGUACUCCGACAAGCAUGACUGCCAGUUUGACUACCGGGCCACUGCAAAAGAUGCGAUAGCUAAAGCUAACCCUGUGGUGAAGGCGGAAAAGCUUGACAAGAUAUGAAGCAGUCGAGAAACACAUGUUGGUUUGUUAUAGUUGCUUUAUAUGGUUCUGGUGUGUGGUGACUGAUGAAAUGAUAUUUAGGGUGGCGUGGCCUUUGCAUACCAAUGAACUCUUGCAUCUUGUUUUAUCAUCCGAGUUUAUGUCAAAGUGGUUGUCUUAUGCUUUGGAUUU